AUGAGUUUGACAGAAGAAACACAAAACUUACCCAUAGAUAGUGAAGUAACACCACAUUCGCAAGAGGUCCCAACUAUAGAUUGGAAUCGCUUACAAUUAAUAAACUUGCGAACAGAGCCAGAAAGGGAUUUUAACCUGCAAAAACUGGAAAAAGGUAAAGCUGUGGAAUGGGAUCUGAGUGAAGACUAUGAUAAAAGACCUCUCCCACCAGAUGAGCUAGUCAAUCAAAGUUAUGCUUUUUUGUCUCACAUGAAAAAUAGAUUGGAGCAAAAACUUGAGGAAAAGCUGGGAAAUUUGCUGUUAAAGGUCCUGGAUAAUAGUUUGCAACAAUGGUCAGCACAGUUAAAUAAAGUAAGCUGGGCUGAUGCUGCUGAAUCUAGCUUUUCCAAAAAGACUUUUAAAAAACCACGAAACCAAUAUAAGUAUAAUGCAGUUUGCGAAGCUAAAACUAUGCUCCAAAAAGCUAUUCAGAAAGAUUUGAAGGAAAAGAUGACAGAGGUACAUGAGUUGUUAAAGUUAAGAGCAUUUGUUUUAAAAGUCACAGAAGAAGAAGGUUGGAGUGUGGCAGCAAAGAUUUCAAAACCAACGUCUAGUGAAAAGGAUGAAUUUAAAGAAUUAUUAACUGAAGCAAGGAAACAAGCUAAACCAUUUGAAGGAUGCCCCAUGUCUUAUGAUAAAGGAAUCUGGAAAAGUAGGAGCAGCCCUUGGACCCCUGGUCUAAGACGAAAUUAUUAUACACUCUAUCCAUUAUCAUAUGCACCAUCGCAGCACUAUGCCCAGUAUCCACCACCUAUGUUUCAAGAAUACCAGAGUCAAAAUGUGGUCCAAAACCCAAGCCCAGCUUACCAAAACUCAUAUAACAAGCAAACAACGAAGCAGUUUAACUGCUACUUUUGUGGAGGUGCUGGUCAUAUGGCAGCAAUAUGCUCUUCAAAAUCAACAGAAGGGGAAAGUGGAGAACAGAAUAAUGAUAAUAAUCAAUACAAACCAAAACAGGGAGUUGUUGGAAGAAUACAUGAACCAGCAGCUGUGAAAUAUUGGAUGAAAAAAAAUAAAACCACCCCCAGUAGUAGCCUGCUGGCUAAGAAAUCUAGUACCUUUAUUUCUGAAAAAUGUAUGGAGUCUAGUCGAAAAAGGAAACCCAAAACCUUACAAGUUAAUCAAUUGGCCAGAAAGAGUAAGUUUUUAGGAAAUUGCAAGAUUAGAAGCAGAAGUGCUUCUGCUUGGAUUUCAGAGUUUCGCAAAUAUGCUGAGAGGUUUUUGGAUCUUGGUGUUUAUAGACAGUCAUAUGCCUCUAGUGACAAUAAGUUUUGA